UUUGAUCUGAAAUAAGGAUAUCGUAGAUACUGUUACUCUAAAUCUAACGGUGCGGUGAUAAUAAUUAGUGACAUUAGCCUCGUGUUCGAGGGUCGGUGAAGUGAACGUUUUUAGAAUGUUUACCACCGUGUGACGACUGACCAGGGACUUGAUGGAUCAGACAGUGAUAGUGCCGUCGACACCUCGCGGAACCAGCGUCGCCAUGAAAAACGAAUCGGAGACGAGUCUGCAUCUCCAGGAUCAAUCCACCGUCGCCCAUGCCAACUCCAACUCGGUGGUUCCACGAACGAGCUUGUCGAUGACCAGCAACUCGAACCAAGAACAAAGUUUGGACCCACUGAUGUGCAAUCCAUCCAGCACAGAAUUACCAAGGAAGCCAGGUGCGCGUCGCCAGGAGAAACCACCCUACUCGUACAUAGCGUUGAUCGUAAUGGCGAUUCAGUCUAGUCCUGGAAAGAGAUUAACCCUCUCGGAAAUAUACUCGUUCCUGCAACAACACUUCCCCUUCUUCCGUGGCGCUUAUCAAGGCUGGAAGAAUUCGGUGCGACAUAAUUUAAGCUUGAACGAGUGUUUCAUUAAACUGCCCAAAGGUUUGGGCAGACCAGGGAAGGGUCACUAUUGGACGAUCGAUCCUUCGACGGAGUACAUGUUCGAAGAGGGAAGUUUCCGUCGACGGCCACGAGGUUUCCGUCGCAAAUGUCAAGCUCUGAAGCCACAGUAUCCUCAAUACUUCGCCGGAAGUGGUCCGGUCGGCGUUCAGCCGUCCGGUUACGAGAAUCUAACACCUGGAAGCAUGGAGUACGCGAAUGGUUACCAGAAUCAGUAUCAGAAUUACCAGGAGUACGCGAUGUACGCGCCUGGAGCACCGGUGUCAGCCGAUUGGGCCUACCCCGAGGCAACGUACAAGACCCCACCCAUUGCGGAGGUAACUUACAAGACGACGGAAGUCACUUACAAGACUGGGGAACCGUCGGUCUACAGAAACGGUGAGAUCGUGGCGUUCAAGAGCGAGCCAGGAUACGCGUCCAGGAAUCAGGAUCAACUCGCCUACAAGGCGGCCACGGAAGGAUUCUCUGUAAAGGAUCAUCAACAUCAUGCGGACUCUGUUUACAAAGAGAACGAUACUAUGAUGACUUACAAGUGCCCGUCUAAUCCGGUACCGACUACUCAAGCAACCGGACAGGAUUAUUACGUCGGCUACGGGCUUGCUGGCGUGAACAAUACCGGGAACAAUGUAAACGUCGCCAUGCAAGGAAUUCCGGAGCAGACUGGGAACAGUAGUCCUGUUGGAAACGUCAGCUCACCGCACAGCGGUUGUCAGACACCUGUAACGGAUAACGAAACAAAGAUAAUCGCGACGACCACACGGAAAACACUUUUCGCGGCCCUCUCGGGAUCGAGAUUGAGAAUAUCGUAGACGAUUCACCUUUUCAAAGAAAAAAUAACCAGACAUCACGAGGUUAACACGAGAUCCCGGAGUCGAAGACAACAAUGACAAUUCAUAACAGUCAGAGGUGGCCAUGUGGAAAAUCGCAGACAGUUUACGACCGUAUGGGCGCCGGGUCGGGCACCGUAAAACUGUAGGCUAUUCGUUCAAAAAAUGUCUCGACACGUUUUACAUUCACACAAUUACUAGGCACAUUGAAAUGUACGGUGUUUUAAAGCUUUUCGAUUCUUUUCGUAUCUUCAACGUUAAUGAACCUUACAGCGAAAUUUAGAUUCUACCGAAGAGGUGCACAGGAAGUGAUAACUUCCUGGAGGAGUAAAUUUAAAAGUCAGUUUUCGUUGAAUAGUACCGUCGAAAGUACACUUCUCGCGGAGCGGACAGACACGAAAUCACCGGAGUUGACAGCGCCUAUUAGUCCCGGUGACAUUCCCUGUCACGCGCCAUGCGAGAAGACAUAAUUCGUAACUGGUAACAUAACAUACAUAUGUAACAGGGCGUGACACGAAAUUUUGACGUUCGGAUUAAUUUACCGUGGAGACCAGUGGUUAACAAGUAGACGACAAUUAAACGCUCGUUAAACGUCCCUUUCCUAUUGGCAGUAAAAUCUUCGUCUUACACAGUACCAAAUAUCAUGGCGAAGCAAUCUUAAAAUAUCACUACAUAUCUGUUUUACAAGUUGCUGUAAAAUUGUAUUA